AUGCAGACGGAAGGGUCGUUACGGCAGACGGAAGGGUCGUUGCGGCAGACGGAAGGGUCGUUGCGGCAGACGGAAGGGUCGUUAAUGCAGACGGAAGGGUCGUUACGGCAGACGGAAGGGUCGUUGCGGCAGACGGAAGGGUCGUUGCGGCAGACGGAAGGGUCGUUGCGGCAGACGGAAGGGUCGUUGCGGCAGACGGAAGGGUCGUUGCGGACGGAAGGGUCAUUGCGGGUGACGGAAGGGUCGUUACGGCAGACGGAAGGGUCGUUGCGGCAGACGGAAGGGUCGUUGCGGCAGACGGAAGGGUCGUUGCGGCUGACGGAAGGGUCGUUGCGGCUGACGGAAGGGUCGUUACGGCAGACGGAAGGGUUGUUGCGGCAGACGGAAGGGUCGUUACGGCAGACGGAAGGGUCGUUACGGCAGACGGAAGGGUCGUUGCGGCUGACGGAAGGGUCGUUAAUGCAGACGGAAGGGUCGUUACGGCAGACGGAAGGGUCGUUGCGGCUGACGGAAGGGUCGUUGCGGCUGACGGAAGGGUCGUUAAUGCAGACGGAAGGGUCGUUACGGCAGACGGAAGGGUCGUUGCGGCAGACGGAAGGGUCGUUGCGGCAGACGGAAGGGUCGUUGCGGCAGACGGAAGGGUUGUUGCGGCAGACGGAAGGGUUGUUGUGGCAGACGGAAGGGUCGUUGCGGCAGACGGAAGGGUUGUUGCGGCAGACGGAAGGGUUGUUGCGGCAGACGGAAGGGUCGUUACGGCAGACGGAAGGGUCGUUGCGGCAGACGGAAGGGUCGUUGCGGCUGACGGAAGGGUCGUUGCGGCAGACGGUAGGGUCGUUGCGGGUGACGGAAGGGUCGUUGCGGGUGACGGAAGGGUUGUUGCGGCAGACGGAAGGGUCGUUGCGGCAGACGGAAGGGUCGUUGCGGCAGACGGAAGGGUCGUUGCGGCAGACGGAAGAGUCGUUGCAAUCGACGGAAGGUCCUUUGCGGUGA